AAGGAAGGAAGGAAGGAAGGAAGGAAGGAAGGAAGGAAAGGAGGAGGCGGAAGAGGAGGAGGAGGAGGAGGAGGAAGGCGCCGCCGCCGCCGCCGCUCCUGCUGCUGUGCUUCUCCUCCUCCUCCCUCAGGGGCGCUCCUCACUGCGGCGGAGGCGGACCAGGCCCCGGCUGAAGAGGGACUGACGGAGGGCCUCCGCCUCCCUCCCUCCCCGCCCGGUUCCGGCCCCGGCCCCAGCCCCCUCCUCGCUCGUGGCGGCGGGGCGGGGGCCGAGGGAGGGUUGAUGUCUCCGGGCCCCCGGACAUGAGUCCGCCGGCCGCCGGGUGCUGCCAUGUGACCGGCUUCAAGGUGGAGAACUGGAAGCAGAACCUGCGCGUCAUCUACCAGUGCUUCGUCUGGAGCGGGUCCGCCGAGGCCAGGAAGAGGAAGGCAAAGUCGUGUAUCUGUCAUAUGUGUGGUGCACAUCUGAACAGACUCCAUUCUUGCCUAUAUUGUGUCUUCUUUGGCUGUUUCACAAAGAAGCACAUUCACGAGCACGCAAAGGCAAAGCGACACAACUUAGCCAUAGACCUUUUGUAUGGGGGUAUAUACUGCUUUAUGUGUCAAGAUUACAUAUACGACAAAGAUAUGGAACAAAUUGCCAAAGAAGAACAACGAAAAGCUUGGAAGCUACAAGCCUUCACCCCAACAAUGGUUUCUCACUACCAGUGUACAAUGACAGGUAUUGGAGAGAAGUAUUCAACAUGGGAGCCAACCAAACGAGAGUUAGAGCUGCUUCGACACAACCCCAAACGGAGAAAAAUAACUACAAACUGCACCAUAGGUCUAAGAGGGCUAAUCAACCUUGGGAACACAUGUUUUAUGAACUGUAUUGUCCAAGCACUUACCCACACUCCACUACUGCGAGAUUUCUUCCUCUCCGACAGACACAAAUGUGAAAUGCAAAGUCCCAGCUCAUGUCUGGUCUGUGAAAUGUCUACGCUUUUUCAGGAGUUCUACUCCGGGCACCGAUCUCCUCACAUUCCAUAUAGGUUAUUGCACCUGGUAUGGACGCACGCGCGGCAUUUAGCAGGGUACGAGCAACAGGAUGCGCACGAGUUCCUCAUUGCUGCGUUAGAUGUGCUACAUCGACACUGCAAAGGUGACGAUAAUGGGAAGAAAGCCAACAACCCCAACCACUGUAACUGCAUCAUAGACCAAAUCUUCACAGGUGGACUACAGUCUGAUGUCACUUGCCAAGUCUGCCACGGUGUUUCCACAACGAUAGAUCCGUUCUGGGACAUCAGUUUGGAUUUGCCCGGUUCCUCCACCCCGUUCUGGCCUCUGAGCCCAGGCAGCGACGGCAGCGUGGUCAAUGGGGAGAGCCACGUGACGGGAACCACCACCCUCACAGACUGCUUGCGAAGGUUUACAAGGCCAGAACACCUAGGAAGCAGUGCCAAAAUCAAAUGUAGUGGUUGCCAUAGCUACCAGGAAUCUACCAAACAACUCACUAUGAAGAAAUUACCCAUUGUGGCCUGUUUUCAUCUCAAACGGUUUGAACACUCAGCCAAACUGAGGCGAAAGAUUACUACAUAUGUCUCCUUUCCAUUGGAGUUGGACAUGACACCAUUUAUGGCUUCCAGGUCUGAACGGUCUGCAAAAACGAAGAAGAAUCUUCCGUCAUUUGGUAAAGAGAGCAGAAUGAACGGGCAGUAUCAGCAGCCGGCAGAUAGUCUAAACAACGAUAAUAAGUAUUCCUUGUUUGCAGUAGUUAAUCACCAGGGAACCCUGGAGAGCGGGCACUAUACCAGCUUCAUCCGGCAACACAAGGACCAGUGGUUCAAAUGUGACGAUGCCAUCAUCACCAAGGCUAGCAUUAAGGAUGUACUAGACAGUGAAGGCUAUUUGCUGUUCUAUCACAAACAGUUCCUGGAAUAUGAGUAGCCUUACGCAGCGGCUCGGGAAAGAGAAAGAGAAAAAAAUGUAAGGAAGCAAAAGGAACGGCAGCCUUCUGAAAAGACACACAAACCUACCUGAAAUUUUAAAAAAGACACCCAUUUGACAUCUAGCACUGACCUGUGACAGGACCUGCUUGCCGCUGCCUUGUGGCUGACGGGAGAUCAAACCCUAUGAGCGAUGUCCACCGCGUACGCAGUCCUGGAGAGGGACGGGCGAGGGGAACUGUAAGCGUGGCUGCGGUCAGUGACUUUGAGAGAAGAACUGUAACAAUGCCAAGGUGGCUCUGGGUGGGGGAAACCGGAGCAGAGGAGCCCCGGCGCUGCUGGGACGUCUCCUCCUGUUCCUCUGAAAACGUGUGUGUGGGAAGGCCCCGGGGGUGUCCUCUCAUCUCCAUAAGCAUCUUCUUCUCCUCGCAUUGGUGCUUCAGCUCCAACUUGACCAAUCAUACAGCCGUUAUAAUUUUGAAAAACAAAACAAAACCCAAGCCCAUUUUUUUUUUUACACAUAUGGGUCGGAAAGCAGUAAAAAAAGUGGAGACGAAUUGGGACAACGCAAUGACAUGGACUUUGCAAGUACCUUUUUAUUUGUGAAUUUUAGUUAUUAAAUAAAUACAGUAUGAAACGA